AUGACGACAGAAGAUAAUUAUCUCGAAGUUGUAGAAUUAAAUGUAGGUGGUGUAACAUAUGCAACAACAUUAGCUACAUUGCGUCAAGCUGAGUCAGAUUCACCACUUGCAACAAUAACAUCAACAACAUUUGGACGUGAUAGCAAAAAUCGAAUAUUUAUUGAUCGAGAUGGUGUUCUUUUUCGUUAUAUAUUAGAUUAUUUACGAAACAAGAGAUUAUCUUUACCGGAAAAUUUUUCUGAGCGUGAUCGACUUCGUCUUGAAGCCGAUUAUUAUCGUCUGGCUAGUAUGAGUCGAGCAUUAGGGCAAAAUCAUCCAUAUCUUAAUUCGAAUGGAAAACAUCUUAAUGAAAAUAUAACUCAGAUGACAUCAACAACGAAUGCACUCGAUCUCAAUUCAUCAUUAACUAUUUCACGACAGCCAGUAUCUCGCUCUAAUAGUGGAUAUAUUGUUGUCGGUUAUCGAGGUACUUUUGCUUUUGGUCGAGAUGGUUUAGCUGAUGUUAAAUUUCGAAAAAUUUCCCGUAUACUUGUUUGUGGUCGUGUUCAUCUUUGUCGUGAAGUAUUUGGUGAAACAUUAAAUGAAUCACGAGAUCCAGAUCAUGGUCAAACUGAUCGAUAUACAUCUCGAUUCUUUCUUAAACAUACAUUUCUUGAACAGGCAUUCGAUUUACUCAGUGAAGUUUCAUUUUUCAUGGUUGGCUGUGCAGCAAGUGGUUGUAGUAGUUCAACUAGUGAAAUAGGAAAACAGACUGAUAAUGAAGAAAACCGUUGGCUGCAUUAUAAUGAAUUCGUCUUCUAUCGCAGUUGA